UUCGUAAUAGUUUAAAAUAAAAUUGAGAAAGGAUGAGGUCUCUAGUAAUAAUUAUCGGUUUGGCAGCAUGUGUGGCUGGUGCUCAAGUGAAACUAAUCGAUGGAAUAACUCCUAAAGUCUUUCCACCAGUUGAAUUUAAAGAGGCACAUUUACUUAAUUGGAUAGAACUUAAAAAAAUUGCUCUGGAACAUGGCGGAGAAGUUACAGCUGGACAUAUAGAGGCUGAUGUAACUGAUUAUGUCAUCAAAAUUAUGAAAAAUUUGCAAAAUGUAAUUGUUCAGCUGGGGCUAGAUCCUAUGGGGCUGUCCAACCAAACCAUAAAGUUAAUUCCUACAGGCAAGUUGGACAUAUAUGAUGGUUGGCUUAGUGAUCUCUCUACUAUAAACAUUUCUGAUUCAGUGCUUGUACGAUAUACUCAGGAGACCGAUAUUUUGGAUCUUACACUGCCUUUGGCAUUUAAAUCUCUUCUGAUCACGUAUGACUACCAUGUGAAAAUCGUCCUAUUAAGCAUUAAAGGAACAAUUGACGCAAAAAUUAAGCAGGUCAAGUGUAACCUGCGUUUGGGUUUUAAUUUGACGUCUUAUCAUGCUUUUGUUGAUGAUGUUGACAUUACCGAUUCAGGAACCAUCACAUUCAAAUUUACUGGGCUAGGACUUCUCGACUGGAUAAUUAACUUAUUAACAGGGGUAUUGACAACCUUGUUCCAUUCGAUCAUUUUGGGAGUAAUUAAUGCAGUUAUUUAUGUACCGGUUAAUAGUAUUGUUGAUGUGAUUAACACUGCUAUUGAUAAUGUUUUCCACAAUAAUUCUACCUCAUUAAUUUAGCUGUAUUAUCAUUAUUUACAAGUUUAAAAGGUGUAAUAAAUACUUUUUGUUA